GCGGGGGGGGGACGCCGGAAGUCGAGGAAGGUGGCGGAAAUGAGAGUCCACGGUCCUCCGUCCGGGAUCCGGGGUGAAGUUAGGGCGGUAUCUGGGAGACGGGAGAUGAGGCUAAUUAGUCUCGAAGGACUACCGCAGUUGCCCAAACGAAAUCUAGGUCGAUGUAGUCAGGAAAGGGAGGCGGAGUAUGAAUCAGGAAACGGGGCUGCGGGGCUUCCGGCGCAGAGGAGUUUGGACUACGGCGGCCGCGCAGGCUUCUUGGGCUCUGGCCCCACGCUCGGAGCCGCCGUCGGCGUGCAUCCUCGCCCCGCCCUGGUUAGUGUGGGGCCGGCCGGCCAAGCCUGCGCAGUUGCGGCGGCGUUGGAAGAUGGUGGAGGACGGCGCGGAGGAGCUGGAAGACCUGGUGCACUUCUCGGUGUCCGAGUUGCCCAGUCGCGGCUACGGUGUCAUGGAGGAGAUCCGGCGGCAGGGCAAGCUGUGCGACGUGACGCUUAAGAUUGGGGACCAUAAAUUCAGUGCUCACCGGAUCGUCUUAGCAGCCUCAAUUCCAUAUUUCCAUGCAAUGUUUACAAAUGACAUGAUGGAGUGCAAGCAGGAUGAGAUUGUGAUGCAAGGCAUGGACCCCAGUGCCUUGGAGGCUCUGAUCAACUUUGCUUACAACGGCAACCUCGCUAUUGACCAGCAAAAUGUGCAAUCAUUGCUAAUGGGUGCGAGCUUCUUACAGCUGCAAAGCAUCAAAGACGCCUGCUGCACAUUCCUCCGAGAACGGCUUCACCCCAAAAACUGCCUGGGUGUACGCCAGUUUGCUGAGACGAUGAUGUGCACUGUGCUCUACGAUGCGGCCAACAGCUUCAUCCACCAGCACUUUGUGGAGGUGUCCAUGUCAGAAGAAUUCCUGGCCCUGCCCUUGGAAGACGUGCUGGAGCUGUUGUCUCGGGAUGAGCUGAAUGUAAAAUCAGAGGAGCAAGUCUUUGAAGCUGCACUGGCCUGGGUCAGAUAUGACCGGGAGCAAAGAGGAGCCUACCUGCCUGAGUUGCUGUCUAGCAUUCGCCUGCCUCUCUGUCGGCCACAAUUCCUGUCAGAUCGAGUGCAGCAAGAUGACCUGGUGCGUUGCUGCCACAAAUGCAGGGACCUGGUAGAUGAAGCCAAGGACUAUCACCUCAUGCCAGAGCGCCGGCCCCACCUGCCAGCCUUCAGAACUCGGCCUCGCUGCUGCACCUCCAUUGCUGGGCUCAUCUAUGCUGUGGGGGGCCUCAACUCAGCAGCAAAUUUUUAUGCAGGUGAUUCCCUGAAUGUGGUGGAAGUGUUUGACCCUGUCGCCAACCGCUGGGAGAAAUGCCAUCCCAUGACCACAGCGCGCAGCCGUGUGGGCGUGGCUGUGGUGAAUGGGCUUCUCUAUGCCAUCGGGGGAUAUGACGGCCAACUUCGGCUGAGCACUGUGGAGGCCUACAACCCAGAGACGGACACAUGGACCAGAGUGGGGAGCAUGAAUAGCAAGAGAAGUGCCAUGGGGACAGUCGUGCUGGAUGGACAGAUCUACGUGUGUGGGGGCUACGAUGGCAACUCCUCCCUCAACUCCGUGGAGACCUACUCACCUGAGACGGAUAAGUGGACAGUGGUGACCCCGAUGAGCUCAAAUCGCAGUGCUGCAGGUGUUACAGUCUUUGAGGGCAGGAUCUAUGUGUCAGGCGGCCACGAUGGUUUGCAGAUCUUCAACAGUGUGGAGCACUACAACCAUCACACAGCCACGUGGCACCCAGCGGCUAGCAUGCUCAACAAGCGCUGCCGGCACGGAGCUGCCUCCCUUGGAAGUAAGAUGUUUGUCUGUGGGGGCUACGAUGGUUCUGGCUUCCUCAGCAUCGCCGAGGUGUACAGCUCGAUGGCAGACCAGUGGAGCCUGAUUGUACCCAUGCACACACGCCGGAGUAGAGUGUCCCUUGUGGCCAGCUGUGGGCGCCUCUACGCUGUGGGGGGCUAUGAUGGACAGUCAAACCUAAGUUCGGUGGAGAUGUACGACCCAGAGACAGACCGCUGGACGUUUAUGGCCCCCAUGGCUUGCCACGAGGGAGGGGUUGGUGUGGGCUGCAUUCCUCUCCUGACCAUCUAAGGCAGAGGGUAGGAUGUGGUGGGAUAGGGAUCUGGUACAAAUAUAACGCGCUUCCUUCCAGGGACAGUCCCUCUCAAAGAGAGGUAGUGACCCAAAGAGGGGGUGAAAAUGUGAGCUUGCCGGGGAUACAGUUUUUCCAGGUGCUUAAGUCCUCCCUCACUGUGCUGCUCUUGAGACCUUCAGUCCUAGGUCAUCAAGAGGCACAGCACAGAGCAGAAGCCGGGUCAGCAGCUGGUACCACGGACCUGCUUUGCUGGUUUCCAUGUGCUCAAGCUGCAUCCAACUAUAGCUGCCACCAGCCAUGGCCGUGUGGGCCGUCCCUGAACAGAGGUCUUCUGCUGCUCCUCUUCACCUACCUGAUCUGCAGCUGUGCUGUGACCAGGUCACCGUGGAGAGACUGCAGGGGCCAAGCCUGUUGGAAACUAGGCUACCACUGGGAGCAGAAGCACACACUCCCGGCGUCAUUCCUGCCCAUGAUAGUUCAGCCAUGGUGUGGCAGCACACUGCUUCUUCCAUCCUCGCACACAAAGGAUUGUCUUGCCAUCAUUGGGUCAGCAGGAAAAACAGAAGUUUUUCCCAUGUUUAACUUUUGAAUUUCAGUGAGGUCUUUUUCAUCUUGUCCAGGAGGAACUGAAAGAGGGGAAAAAACAGAUACUUGAAAGAAACUGAAGGAAAUUUAAACAAAGAGACUUUUGAAAGAAACUGGAAAGAAAAAUACUUUUUUCCCAAGGAAAUGCUUUUUUUGUUUGUUUUUUUGUUUGUUUGUUUUUGCAGGAAGGGAAAAAGCAUAAAAGACACUAAGAACAAAUCCAUGUUUCAGUGGAGAACUGUCAGACGUGAAAAGGGCAGUGUCCACUCCCACAUUCGGAUCCCAGGGUCCUGAGGCUUCACGUAGCACUUGGGGUUCCCUCUGAGCUCCAGCGUGUCUGGAAUCAGUGCAUUCUUGACCAGUCCUGUAGCAAGGUGCUCUUGGGGUUUGUUUCCAUACCCACCAUCAGAGGACUUUUUUAACCGUAGACUUAGUAAGUUGGCUGUGUUACUACCACUCUUCCAGUUGGAAGCCUUACAUGGCUCCAGAUGCCCCUGUGAUUUCCUCCCACUGCCACCACAGCACUCAUUUGGAUUCUGCACUCCCACCUACAUUCCUUCCCCUUUGUUGACCAGCAGGAAACAGCAGGAUUGGCUAGAUUCUCACCUGCCCAUCUUCUCCACAACCUAAUCAGGGGCUUGCUCCUUCUACCAACCUUAGGCUGACACGGUCUGGUAACCUUGUCUGCUCUGCCAUUCCACUGCUCCUCCAUCCACUCGCCAAUUCCAGGGGUCUGGCAUCCCUCCAGCCCUUGGCAGACCGACCAGCAAGGAGGAAACUUACAAUCACGCUGAGUUAGUUGUAUAACAUGAAGAACUGAAAGUGGAAAGAAUCUCUUGCUGCUGCAAAGAUUUUAUAUUUCUUCCUGUAAUCUUGACACAUGACCUCUUGAAGAGACUCCAUGCUCCUUCCUAGUCCUUCCUGGAUGGGACCUCAAUGUAGCACAGCAGGACCCAAAGAGGAGGACACUUUCUAUGACCAGUGCACUGGGCAGUGGGGCUGUCCUUCAACUGCUGCUGCCAAAAUCUGGUCUUCUAAAAUCUUCCAGUAGAGACUAAAAGGAUACGAUUCCUUUAACCCAAGACUGGGUCUUAGGGUUCCAGUCUACCCAGUUGGUUUCUUGUCCUUUGCUGCCUGCCUGGGGUAGCCUGGAAGCCUGUUCAGAACAGCACAAUGUGGAAUGUUCCCGUGCCCCUAGGACAAUGAGAUGAAUGUGUGUGUGUGUGUGUGUGUGUGUGUGUGUAUGUGUAUGCACAAUCGCCAUGUAUUCAGAGGGCAGGACCUCCUGCAGUUUAGGAGCUGGGCCUCUGCUAUAAGCACUUGAAAAGAAUGUGGGGUUCUUUUUUUGUUUUUUUUUGUUUUUUUUUUUUUAAUUUUAAAAGACUCAACAAUCUGAUACCUGAUGUCGUUUUGUUUUUGUUUUACCUGGGCUCACAAUGAAGCUCCAAUGUUCCCUCCCUUCCUCCUGGCUUUCCUAGAGAGGUAAGCUUGGAAGAAGGUUAGGGUUCUGUUUCCUUAGGAGUGUUAUCAGUGCUCAUGUGUCCGUUAGAACCCUUUCCUUUUAUGAGUAUGCAGUGCUGGGGAACCUGAAUCGUGACAGUGUCAGUAAAUUCUUGAGUGGGCCCUGCUAGCUCCAAAGUAUGCCCACCACAUUCUGCCAGUAGAGAUCAUAGACCAUUCCUCAUGGUCUGCUGCUUCGUAGUGGCCUUCCUGACCUGUUUCAGUCCUCUAGUGUUGAAGUUACACUGCUGCCCGUGAGGUCAGCGCUUCCAUAAAAGAUGGAACCAGUGCUUGAGUGAACACCAGUGUUUUCACAUGCUCCCCAGGAGGCUCCUCAGUUUGACAGCUAAUGGCUGGUAUGGCUCCUUGGUGUUGAAAUCUUCCCAGGUGCACCCUGAAAAGAGAAGCAUCACCCAUGGAUAUGGUGGGAAAGAUCCACUCAGGAGGCAAGACAGACAUUUUCCUCCAUAGGUCUUGGGGGGCUAGUUUAGCUCUGAGCAGAGGACCAUGUUAGUCAUUGUCCUUUGAGCAAUUCUUCUUGAAUCAGAUCUGAAACCUCCCCUGAAUCUGUCUGCGAUCUGCAGUACGAUAGCAACUGAAGACCAGCCUGUUGACUUGGCCACAUGAAAUAUGACUAGGUAGGAAUUCUCUCCGCACAUACUCCAAUUUGGUAUUUCCCAGAAAAUCUUAUUUAUAGAAGGCAUGUUUUUUUGUGUUAAACCAAAGAGAAAUAAAAGAACACUCCUAA